AUGUUGCUGGAAAAAGAAAAGGUAGUUUUGCUCUCUAAGGGAAGAUACGCGGGAUGUAAAGGAGUCAUUUUGGACGAUCUCAAAAAGGGCGAUAAAUACGAGUAUGUUACUGUCGUGGGAAUAUCCAAGGCACCUCGCCCAGUCACUGAAAAUAUGACGGAGAGACAGAAGAACCGCAGGGAGUCCAUGAAGUGCUUCGUGAAGAGAAUGAACGUGAGACACAUCAUGGCCACGAAGUACACGAUGGAGAACGUCUUUGAUAAGCUCGAGAUAGUCGAUGUUACGGACAUGUCCGAGAAAGUAGAGAUGCUCCGAGAGGCGGAGAGGCUUUUCAAGGGCGCAUAUGCAAACAACCCAAGCCACUGGAUAUUCAAGAAGCAGGCCAUCUAA